AUUUAUUCGUAAUUUUUAUAAUACGUAUUAUAUCAUAUUCCCGUGUAUUUUAAAUUAGCGGGCAAAUUAUUGUGUUUGAGUUGGCAAUAGUCGCACAUGCGUGGAUUUACUCUAUGGAAGCUGUUAAGAUUCAGGUUAAGACUACGAAAUAACUCACGGCUCGGAAGUAUAAAGCAAAAAUAUAUAUAUAUAUAUAUAUGGUGCAUUCUGUUUUAGUAAGUAAACGAUAUACGAUAAACAACACGUGUGCAUCGGAAGCACAUGGUUACGCGGUUGAAAAAUAGCUACAGACAUUUAAUUGUCACGCGUGAAAUGUCGAAACAACGAUCGGGGAAGAACGAGAAGACGCGGAAGGCAGCUGCUAUCGAUAAUCAAUCUACAGGACCUCUGACCUUAAAUAAAGAUGGAAAUGUAGCGAUCAAAAUUCAAGCUAAACCUGGAGCGAAAUGUAACAACGUAACCGAUAUUUCCGAUGAAGCAGUGGGCAUUGCGAUUUCCGCUCCGCCAACGGAAGGCGAAGCAAAUGCGGAACUCGUCAAGUAUCUAGCUUCGAUUUUCGGACUCAGAAAAUCCGACGUAUCUUUGGAUCGGGGAUCUCGCAGUCGGCAAAAGGUAGUCGUAGUAUCGGGAAUUACGACAGAUCAAGUUUUGGAAAAAUUGCGAAAAGAAAUGGAGAAUUAAAAAAUUCUUUUUUACUGUGUAAAAAGUGUGUGACUUUUUUAU